AUGUUACAGAACUUUUCAUUCCCGCCAGAGCCAGAGGGCUCGAAGGACAUAGCUUCUCUGGCUUCCAGAAGGCAUUUCGCCCCGAGACCAAUUGCGCCUGCGCCAGCUGGUGGACGGGGCUGUCACCGAAGAGGCCUGAGUCUUGACCAGGGUGUGGCACGACACCAGCAAAAUGCAUCAAUGUAUGGACAUGAGAUGCACGAUUGGUCUCGAUGGUUGGAUAUAGGAGAUUAUAACAACCAUCUUAACUCGGGAGUUCAACGCCCAAUAACACCACUUCAGCCAAUUGAGAAUAUGGACUCUUCAUUAUUAACACCAGCAACAACCCCAUGUUGGAAGCCAUCGACCGCCUUUCCACGAAACUGCAGAACUGCUCACUCAUCUCCCACGAAAAGAGUUCCUCCGCCCCUACUCCCUCGAAAUGGAGAAUCAAUGCAAAGAGCAAAGUCAUUUCAAGGCUCUGAGAAUGGCUAUAACCCGAAACAGAAUUCCAAGGGAUUUGAAGGCCCCCCAGAGUUUCGUCUACCUGAACCUCUCGAAUCAAAAAUGCCCACAACAGACGAUGAUAUCUUCUCGGACCUGACUUUCGAUUCAUUGGAUAGCUCUGAUCCUUUCACUUUGGGCGGUUUGCCAUCACCAACUAUGACCUCUUUCUCAUCACAGCCCGAACACUCAAAGGAGACUGCAGUAGAGCUCCCUGACCAGAAAGCAAAGAAAGUUCCCAUUGCUCCAGCCUCGACUGCCGCCUUGCCAACAAGGUCAAGACCGGCCACCUCAAGUGGAACUACUUCUCCCAUCAAGGCAGCAUUGGCUCCUCGUGUGGUUACGAUUGCUGAUCUUAAGCUGGACGCCAGCAUCGACGCCUCCCUAGAGGAGACUGGAAUUACGCUUGAGGAUAUAUGUGGGUAUAUUGAAGGCCCCGAUCCGGUAGACAAUAAGUGGAUAUGUACCUUCGACGGAUGCAUGAAGAGGUUCGGGCGGAAAGAAAACAUAAAAUCUCAUGUUCAAACACAUCUUGGCGACAGACAGUUCAAGUGCAAUCAUUGCAACAAGAGUUUUGUUCGAGGCCAUGACCUGAAAAGACAUGCAAAGAUUCACACGGGCGUCAAACCAUACCCUUGCGACUGUGGGAACAGCUUCGCACGACAUGAUGCUUUAACUAGGCAUAAGCAGCGUGGAAUGUGCAGCGGUGCAUUUGUUGGAGCUGUGAGGCGAGCAGAGCGACGUGGUAGACCAAGGAAAGAGAGACCUAAAUAUGGAGAGAGACGCGAGAAAGCAACCCGGGCAAGGCAACGGGAGAAAAAGAAGGCAUCUAGCCCAUCAGUUCAGGAACAUUCAUCGAGUUCUUCUGCACCGUCGCCAGAAAGCGAAAAUUUGGAGGCUCCAAGCACUAGAGAGCAUAGUCCCGUCAAGGAUAUGCUAUUUCUGGACAUGGAAUCGAUUUCCUUACCCCCUGACGUUUUCACAUUUACGCCCCCUGCGUCCCCCAGCUAUAGCACUGGAAAUAUCGGCUCACCCGCCCGCAGCUAUUAUUCCACUUCCCAGGAACCAGAUGAAACGCCGCUGUGUUUGUCUCCCUCAAAACGAUAUCUCGCCGACAUUCCAGAGGAGAUCAUUGAGCCUCCAUCUUUCGAAUGUGGAUCGCCCACACCCGUCAAGCGUGAAACGAAAAGAGACCUGAUAGGGUCACCAUGCCGAACUAUCUGGCCAACCAACCCAGGACCCACUCUUACUGAGGACUCAAAUAGUACUGAAUUUGAUGAUGUUUUCUCAAGCCAUGCAAGUACAUCGGCCUUCGACCCCGACCAACUCCCUCCUCUGGGACCUCAGUCAACAACAGGAAUAUCAGAAUCUGGCUCGUCGCAGUAUGACGAUGAAAUAUUCCUGAAUCACUUGAACAGCGAAGCUCCAAACCUAGACAGUGACUAUUUCCCUCUAUCUUUGUCACCAAGCACAGACGCCUUUUUUGAUUCAUUCACGACGGAGCUGAAAUAA